AUGACGCAUAUCCAGAGCGCUAUUGAGAUGAUACUCAAGCAGCUCUCGACGUUACCACAGCAGCGCUAUUUCCCUCGAGUCGGAUUUGCAGCAAAGCAACCUGAUGCAGUAGUCGACUACGAGCUUUUGGCGGCAUUCAUGCGUCUCGAUCGGCCAUCGCUGGCAUUGAUGAGCAGCCGACGAGGAUAUCCUCCUCUUGCAGCCAAUCGCAUCUUCACCUUGUUAUUCUCUGCAGAGCAACUCGAUAUCCCAGUCAGCUUCGCGACCAUUUCCGAAGCGAGAUCUUAUUUGGAGGACAUACAAUGGAGGAUAUUAUCCAACAACCACACACCAGACUCUAUUUCGGCAUUGUGGGAUGACAGUGAAGCACAGUCUAUCUUUCCAGACUUCGAAUCUGUGCCGUGGCAAUUGAAAAAAUGGUACCAAGCAACAGACAUUGUAGGAUCUUCGUCGCACCUGGUAUAUCGACUUGCGCAGUGGCACGACGCAUUCCAGCCACUACUAAACUAUGCCAUGAGUCCAGCAGGGGACUCGAUCUUCGUUCCGGCAACGAUAUUGCAUGUCCAGGCGAUGGCCGCUGACUUGACGAUCAGUGGAUUCGCGCCACACUCAGGAUCGCAUCUACGAGCGGAUUCGUUCUCGAGCACGCGUUCAUCAUCGAUGUCGGAACACCAGUCUUCAUUUUCAAUGGCUGGCCCUUCGGCACUAGCCGUACCAGAUACGACAUCCGGCCGACGCUCAUCGUCCGGCCGGUCGUCGACAUCCUUUAUCGCUGAGAGUUCGACGCCUUUCCCAAAUGUCCAUGCAAUCUUGAAAUUCUGCAGGAGGAUGAUGUCACAUCCAAGUUUCUUCAAGGGAUUCGUGUUCGAUGCGGGGGUCAUACCACCGCUCCUGAAGAUUGUACUCCUAUGUCCCGAUCGUGCACUGAAGAAAGAAGCUAUCGAUGUUCUGAGGUCUAUCGCACCAAGACGGGAAGGAAUGUGGGAUAGUAGAAUUUGCGCAGAUGCUGGUGAAAAGUGUAUAGCAAUGGAAGAAACAAGUCAAGGACUAGACAUGAUCGACCCAUUCCUCCUUGAUGGAGUAUGA